UCCAACUUAAAGGGACGAAAAUGGUGACAGACGUGCAGCUGGCCAUUUUUGCCAACAUGCUUGGCGUGUCAUUAUUCCUGCUGGUUGUGUUGUAUCACUAUGUGGCUGUAAAUAACCCCAAGAAACAGGAGUAAAUUUGCCAAUAUGAUUGGAGAGGUGAGAUGGGACUCAGUGCCACCACCAUGGAAACAUUCCCCUCCUCAUGUCCUUUUUCCAAAAGAUGAAUUUCUUUGUAAAAUUGCACGGUAGAGAUUUUUUCUAAUAAAAAUGUGUGAAUUC